GUGAUUUGUACAUUGUAGUCGUACUUAGGACUUACCUUACUACUUUAUACGGUUCCAAUUUCUAAAAUUUUAAUUGUUUUUUACUGGAAAACUAUAUUUUAUCAGUUUCCGUUGUUUAAUAAUAUUCUAAGUCCGCCAUUGAAUAUUUUUGUGUAGUAUUGUGCUAAAAAAGAUUUAUUAAGUAUCUAUGUCAUAAAUAAUUGCAUAAACAAAGACUGUAGUAUUUUCUAGAUAGACUUUUCAGUGUGUUUUUACCAUGUCGGGACAUAAGUAUAUAAGUAAUACUAGUAAUCUCUUUGAAGAUGAAGAUGUGGAUGAUGACACCUUUGUUAAUAGUUUCGCAUCAAGAAGGCCGCCCCCUAAACCUCAGAGUCAAACGUCAUCAUACAUCGCAGACUUGGAGAGACAAAGACAAACAAUGUUACUGAAACAAAAGGAAAUCGAACAGCGUACUCUUGAUUCUUCUUCUAGGAGCAUCGGUUUACUUCGCGAAUCGGAGCAAGUCGGAAUUGCAACUGCCGAAGAACUCGCCCGUCAACGUGAACAACUACAAAAUACAAGCAGAAGGUUGGAUGAAAUCAACACUAACUUGACUUACAGCCAGAAACACCUCAAUGGUAUCAAAUCUGUGUUUUAUGGAUUUAAAAAUUACCUCUCAGGUAAAUCUGAUCAAACUCCACCUAAAAGUUUAGCGUCUACAAGUUCUAGUAUAAACCCAAGUCCCAGUAGUAAGUUAGGAGAAACACUUGAUGGUAUUGGUGGUUCUUCGCCAGAUGAGCGAUUUAGUAGUCACCCAACUACACGUCUGAGAGGAUUAAACCAGGAACAAACUACAUUAGAACCAAUGUCUGAUACUCAACGUGUAAAUAAAAUGUUAGAUGACAAUUUGGAUGAAAUGGUUCAUCAUAUUUCUAGAUUAAAAGGCUUGGGAAUGGCUCUUGGUGAUGAAAUUGAAACUCAAAACCAUUUAAUAGAUGAGAUUACAGAUAAAGCUGAUACAGCUGACAUAAAAAUUGGUCAUCAAAAUAAACAAAUGAACAAGUUAUUGGGAAAGUAAUAUAACUUCAUUCCAAUAUCAUAAUAAUAUAUAAAUGAGCAAGUCAAAAGAAAUAAGACUGCUCUUAAUAUCAUGUAAAUCCUUACAUUUCUUAUUCAGUUAAAUUUGAUUAGAUAGAAAACUUUUAAUGUCAAUGUAUAAAUAGCAAAACAUAGCCUUAGUGUGAUUUCAUACUUUUUACUU